UUCUCUUGUUAUCUCAAUCAUCAUCCUCAUCACCAACAAAACAUCCUUAGAAGUCACUCUCACCAGCGAUCUCGUUGCUGUGCUUAAGCUUAGAUUCAACGACAUCUACGCUUAUCGUUAUAUGCUGGCUGCGGUGGUAAUCGGAUUGGCUUACACAAUCUUGCAAGUUGGAUUCACAUUAUGCCACUUUUCAACUGGAAAUCACGUUAUAGGUGGCCAAGGACACUUGCUCUUUGAUUUCUACGGUGAUAAGUUUAUAUCGUAUGUAUUAGCAACAGGUGCUGCAGCUGGAUUUGGUGUUAGCAAAGACUUAAAAGAUACCGUAAAGAUAAUAUUCCCAGAAUCAAGCUCCAAUAUUGAUAAAUUCUUCAGCAAGGCACAUGCAUCUUGCAGUCUUCUUCUCAUUGCAUUCGUCUUCACUGCAGUUUUAUCCACUCUCUCUUCUUAUGCACUACCUAAGCGAGUCAAUAAUUAAUUAAUUGAUUGAUUAAUUAAUUAAUAUUAAUUGGUUGUUAAUUUAUAUAUGUCAUAACAGGGUUUAUUUGUUUGAA